AUGGGAAUUCGGUUGGACUCGGCCUCUGCGUUUGCUGGCGCCAUUAUCUCGCCAUACUACGACUCACUUCUUGUUAAAGUUAUUGCUCGAGCGAUCGACUUCCAGCAUGCCGCCUCCAAAAUGUUGCGCUCCCUGAUCGAGUUCAGGGUUCGUGGUGUAAAGGUGAAUUUAUCUUUCGAUUUUUCCAUUUUUUUACCCGAUCUCCCCACUGCUCAUCCUUUGGAUUUCCCUAAAGUGAUGUAA